AUGCAUCCCAUCAACGACGCAACUGUCCAACGAAUGCAAGUCUGCAUGACCAGCCUGCAUGACCCGCACGAGGUUGGUUGCACGCCCAGAAUGCUCAGUCAGAUCAUCCACUGGAUCCUGGACAGACAAGCCGAUGACUUCGGCUGGGUCGGCACACGGUUCGAAAGGAAGCCCACCAUCGUGAAGUCUGAUCGCAACAGCGCCUCACCUCCGCUUCACUUCGAGCGCUGGCGCAUCUUUCGGCGCUUCUUUUGCAAUCGGCGCGUGCGCUUCUUCUUCCACUUCCAGCGAAACUUCGAGCGAGCCUUAGCAUCAUGGCUGGGUGGGAUCUGCAGCCUCUCGCGGCUACGAAGCAUUUGGUGCGUGGCCUUCUUGUACGGGUUGGACUUGUGCGCCAUGGCGCCCAGCCCCCCCGAAGCCUUGAGAUUUUGGCUCUUGAGCACGAAGCUCUGCAGCACAGCAAAGCAGUGUUUUGCGCCUGGCAGCAAUGCCUGCCUGGGUCCAACGGAGUCCACUCAGGAAGUCGUCUUCGCCUUGGCAGACAGGCACGAGGUUGGUUGCACGCCCAGAAUGCUCAGUCAGAUCAUCCACUGGAUCCUGGACAGACAAGCCGAUGACUUCGGCUGGGUCGGCACACGGUUCGAAAGGAAGCCCACCAUCGUGAAGUCUGAUCGCAACAGCGCCUCACCUCCGCUUCACUUCGAGCGCUGGCGCAUCUUUCGGCGCUUCUUUUGCAAUCGGCGCGUGCGCUUCUUCUUCCACUUCCAGCGAAACUUCGAGCGAGCCUUAGCAUCAUGGCUGGGUGGGAUCUGCAGCCUCUCGCGGCUACGAAGCAUUUGGUGCGUGGCCUUCUUGUACGGGUUGGACUUGUGCGCCAUGGCGCCCAGCCCCCCCGAAGCCUUGAGAUUUUGGCUCUUGAGCACGAAGCUCUGCAGCACAGCAAAGCAGUGUUUUGCGCCUGGCAGCAAUGCCUGCCUGGGUCCAACGGAGUCCACUCAGGAAGUCGUCUUCGCCUUGGCAGACAGGCACGAGGUUGGUUGCACGCCCAGAAUGCUCAGUCAGAUCAUCCACUGGAUCCUGGACAGACAAGCCGAUGACUUCGGCUGGGUCGGCACACGGUUCGAAAGGAAGCCCACCAUCGUGAAGUCUGAUCGCAACAGCGCCUCACCUCCGCUUCACUUCGAGCGCUGGCGCAUCUUUCGGCGCUUCUUUUGCAAUCGGCGCGUGCGCUUCUUCUUCCACUUCCAGCGAAACUUCGAGCGAGCCUUAGCAUCAUGGCUGGGUGGGAUCUGCAGCCUCUCGCGGCUACGAAGCAUUUGGUGCGUGGCCUUCUUGUACGGGUUGGACUUGUGCGCCAUGGCGCCCAGCCCCCCCGAAGCCUUGAGAUUUUGGCUCUUGAGCACGAAGCUCUGCAGCACAGCAAAGCAGUGUCCAACGGAGUCCACUCAGGAAGUCGUCUUCGCCUUGGCAGACAGGCACGAGGUUGGUUGCACGCCCAGAAUGCUCAGUCAGAUCAUCCACUGGAUCCUGGACAGACAAGCCGAUGACUUCGGCUGGGUCGGCACACGGUUCGAAAGGAAGCCCACCAUCGUGAAGUCUGAUCGCAACAGCGCCUCACCUCCGCUUCACUUCGAGCGCUGGCGCAUCUUUCGGCGCUUCUUUUGCAAUCGGCGCGUGCGCUUCUUCUUCCACUUCCAGCGAAACUUCGAGCGAGCCUUAGCAUCAUGUCCGGGUGGGAUCUGCAACCGCUCGCGGCUACGAAGCAUUUGGUGCGUGGCCUUCUUGUACGGGUUGGACUUGUGCGCCAUGGCGCCCAGCCCCCCCGAAGCCUGGCCUCCGGAGCCAAUGUGGCUCUGCAUGUUGUCGUUGCGUGCCAUCAAGGUGGUGGAAUGA